UUGAAUAUUAAAUCGAAAACUUCAUUAAUUUUCUCUAACCAAAGAUAAAACAUAAAACCCUAUUUUGAAACAAAAUUCAUCACAAUUCUUUUCCUUAAAAUGGGGGAUCCUUACUGGCGAUAUCCCGGCGCCGGAGGUCGUCCGUCAUCAUCGGAGAUAGGACACGUACCUCAGGCAACUUUUCCAGGCUACUUGUCGUCUGAACCUCAGGCAACUUUUCCAGGUUACUUGUCGUCUGAAACAUCAACUCUCGCCAAUUAUAAUGCGUAUAGCUCCGUUGAUCCACGGACUGCUUCCUCAGAUUUUUUACAUAAAGAUAUCAUAUCAUCCCGCUCUGGGGCAUAUGGCAUAGAUGACAUUCCUAGUGUCCGCGCCGAACCUGAUAUCACUGGAUUGGUUGCUGGAGCUAGCUACAGAGGCUACCCAUCUUCUUAUGAGGAUCCUAAUGUGUCAGUUCGCCAGAGAGAUGUUGCUUCAGGGAUCAACGCUGUAAAUCCUGAUGUUGGUUAUGACAAGCCCAGUUCCAUAACAAGGACUGAUGGCAAUACUGUUCCUGCAGCAGAAUCAAACAUUCUGUUUAUUGACGGGCUUCCAACUGACUGUACAAGAAGAGAAAUAGGACAUCUUUUUCGGCCAUUUAUUGGAUUCAGGGAAAUUAGACUGGUUCAUAAGGAGCCCAGACGUCGGGGAGACAAGGCCAUGGUGCUGUGUUUCGUCGAGUUCACCGAUGCAAAGUGUGCUGUUACUGCUAUGGAAGCCCUACAAGGUUUCAUCUUCAUCUCUCCCUCUUUUCAGUUUUCACCACCAACACAUCCCACCUUUUUGGAUAAUUUACCUGUUGCAGCCUACCAACACAAAAUAGGUUUUCGAUCUCACGUUCAUUUGUAAUGUCCCAUUCCAAUCAAGCCUCUAAACACGCAGGUUACAAGUUCGAUGACAAGAAACCAGAAGCCCCUCUUCUGAGAAUUCACUUUGCUCAUUUUCCUUUCCACCUACCAUCCGAUCGAGAUGACCCCCGAGCCGGAGUUCCUCGGUGACAAUCGAGGCAAAGCCCCAUCCGACAACAAAUAGGGUAAGUACAGUAGGAUCUCUCCCGUCGUGUUUUGAUUAAGAAGCCAUUGUGAAUCCACCACUUCUCUGUUCCAAAUGCAUCAUGGGUUGGCUGAUCUAGAAAAUGAUAAAUUAUAUAACCAUCUAUUCCUCUUUAUGCGUUGUUGCAUCAAGAAAGUUCUAUCUGCCUAUGAUCACCAACAGUAUUUGGAUAAAUAUAUAUAUAUAUGUAUCACAAUUGGAGAGAUUAUUAAUUAUUUUGCCAAGAAACUUGGAUGCUUCUUGUAGCUUUUGCUGUUGCAUUUCAAGAAUUCAUCUCAAAGAAUGGAUUUUUA